AUGGUGGCAGACUCUACAUAGAACUAUGCUUCGUGGUGUUCUGGGAAAAACCUUUCGACUUGUUGGCUAUACUAUUCAGUAUGGCUGUAUAGCUCAUUGUGCAUUUGAAUACAUUGGUGGUGUUGUCAUGUGUUCUGGACCAUCAAUGGAGCCUACAAUUCAAAAUUCAGAUAUUGUCUUUGCAGAAAAUCUUAGUCGACAUUUUUAUGGUAUCCAAAGAGGUGACAUUGUGAUUGCAAAAAGCCCGAGUGAUCCAAAAUCAAAUAUUUGUAAAAGAGUAAUUGGUUUGGAAGGAGACAAAAUCCUCACCAAUAGUUCAUCAGAUUUCUUUAAAAGCCAUAGUUAUGUGCCAAUGGGUCAUGUUUGGUUAGAAGGUGAUAAUCUACAGAAUUCUACAGAUUCCAGGUACUAUGGACCUAUUCCGUAUGGAUUAAUAAGAGGACGUAUCUUCUUUAAGAUUUGGCCUCUGAGUGAUUUUGGAUUUCUACGUGGCAGCCCCAACGGCCACAGAUUUUCUGAUGAUUAGCAAGCAUUUAUUCUUUUGAUAUGAUUAUCCUCUGUUCAGGUGAAUUUAAUUAUAGUCAUUGAAACCAUGUAUUGACCAAUAAACUAUCUGCUCUUCA